GCGGCUCCUCUGCUCCCCAGGGCGGCACCGGCGGCAGCGGCGGCGGCGCGGAGGAGCGGGGGACCGGCCCGGCAGCACUGAGCCCGGCACCGCCUGCCCUGCGAGCGGACGAGGCGAGAGCGAGCGGGAGAGAGACGGCGAGCGGCGCUGCGUCCCCCCCCUCCCCCUCAGCACCCCGGCGGACCGACCGACCCUGCCCGAGGCGCUGCUGCGGCUCCCCGGGGACACGCCGCCGCCUCGGCUGCCCCGCUCCCCGCCGCGUCCCUGCCGGAUCCCUGCGGAGGACACGGAGCGAGCCGCGGGAUCUGCCCGCGGAUCCCGCUGCGAGCCAGGCACACAGACUGUCGGGUUUCCCUCCUCCCUCCGUGAAAGACUUGGCUGGAUCCUCCUCCCCGGCUGCCCUCCCCGCGCUCGCUCCUUCCUGCGGGAGCGGCUCGGAUCCUCCUCCCGCCGCGGAUCGCCCGCGGGGUCCCUGCGGAGCCGCGGACCCUCCUCCCCCGGCAGAGGCACCGCUGGAUCCUCCGCCCCCCCGGCGCUCCCGGCGGGAUCCUCCUCCUGCCCGCAGCCCCAUGUGAGACUCCGCAUCCCCCCGUGCCUCCGCGCUGCUGGUUUCUUAUUAUUUUUUUUUUUUUUUCUUCUCCCCCUCCUCCUUUUAUUUUGAAGGGGGGAUCCAUCUUAAAACUCUUUUCUGGAUCCCAGAUUCUCUUUUUUGAUUUGCACUUUUUGAAAAACCCUCAGAUGCUCCUCCAUGUGGACUGAGAACCCAUCAAGACACACACACGAGAACUCAUCCCGAUCAACUCCAAAUACUGGCUUUUCGUGGGUUUUGCUGCAACACAUAAAAGCAAACUUGUAUUUAAGACACACUCGUGCAAAAAUUUAGCUGGGGACUUGAACGUGUAUUUUGGUUUCUUGAUCUUGGUUAUUUUUUUUGUUGUUUUUUCUUUUUUGCUUCACUGGAAAUCAGAAGCUUGUUUUGGAAUUGGACCUGCUUUUGCUGCACUUCUCCUCUGGGCUGGAUAACACUGAAGCUCUUUGCUUUUCUACUUGGAUAGUGUUUUGCUGUUGAUCUGUUGGGUUUUUUUUCAUCUCCUGUGUGGCAGACUUUUUUUUUUUUUUUUUUUUUUUCCCUGAGGGGGUUAACAAACGACAACAACAACGAAAAACUUAAUUUUUUUGGCCGUGUGAGAUUUUUUUCGUAUUCAUAUUCGUGAAAUUACGGGUACAUUUACAAAAAAAAAAAAAUUGAAAAAAGCAUUAAAAAUAAGAAAGGAACACGUCAGAAAGACCCCUACACGGUAGACAAAAUACUCACUUGUUUCCUUACAGCAAGACUGAAUCGAAAGCUGCCAAAGAGCCCCAUAAAGAAAAGACUAAAAGGGAGAAAGAACAAGAAACACAAGAAGAGGAACAUUUGAUGGAAGAAAAGAAAAAGAAAAAGCAGGAAGAAAAGAAAAAGAAGGAAGGUGCUCAGAAAAAGGCUGCUGAACAAAAAACCAAAGUGCCAGAAGCUGUUAAGAGCAGUUUAAGCCAGCCCCAAGCUGCGGGUACCGGUCCCAGUACUUCCACCAGCACUCUCAGCAGCAGCAGCAAUGGCAAGCGCGCGGCUGCCAACGGGCAGCAGCCUGCGGCGUCCCGCUACCUGCCCCGCGAGGUGCCUCCCCGCUUCCGCCAGCAGGAACACAAGCAGCUCCUAAAGAGGGGGCAGCCACUGCCCGCCGGGGCUGCAGCCAGCCCUCCUCCUCCUCCUCCUCCUCCUCCUCCUCCUCAGCAGGGACAGCAGCAUCCCAGCAAGACCCAGCCAGAUCUCAGCCACAGUGGAUUGGGAGACCAUUAUGAGAAUUCCCACUGGGGACAGCAGCCCGCUUUCAGGAGUGAAGGCAACUGCAGCUGGGAUAAAGUGAUAAUAGACAGGACUGACAAGGAAGCGUGGCCUUCCAUUACCGGAGCUGAGACUGAGUCUGCCUCAGAAUGUACUACAGACACUGACUCUGCCUCCAACUGUGGCUCAGAGAACAGUAGCAUGGCUACAGGGAGUGCCCAAGGCAACUUCACUGGACAUACAAAGAAAACUAAUGGCAAUAAUGGCGCCAACGGAGCACUCGUCCAAAGCACUUCUAACCAGAGUGCCCUUGGAGCUGGUGGAGCAAACGGCAACGGCGGCUCGGCCAGGGUGUGGGGGGUGGCUGCAGGCUCCAGCUCUGGCCUAGCUCACUGCUCUGCCAGUGGUGGGGAUGGAAAGAUGGACAACAUGAUGGGAGACGGUAGAAGUCAGAACUGCUGGGGUGCUUCCAACUCGAAUGCUGGCAUUAAUCUUAACCUUAACCCUAAUGCCAAUCCAGCUGCCUGGCCUGUACUUGGACAUGAAGGAACUGUGGGAGCAGGCAACCCUUCCAGUAUUUGCAGUCCAGUCAGUGCCAUAGGUCAGAACAUGGGCAACCAGAAUGGGAACCCAACAGGCACCUUAGGUGCUUGGGGAAACUUGCUGCCGCAAGAGAGCACAGAACCACAAACGUCCACUUCUCAGAAUGUGUCUUUCAGCGUACAACCUCAGAACCUUAACACUGAUGGACCAAAUAACACUAACCCCAUGAACUCUUCACCAAACCCUAUCAAUGCAAUGCAGACAAACGGACUGCCGAACUGGGGGAUGGCCGUGGGCAUGGGGGCCAUCAUCCCGCCCCACCUGCAAGGCCUUCCUGGUGCUAACGGAACAGCGGUUUCUCAAGUCAGCGGGGGCAGUGGUGAAGGAAUGGGCAGUUCAGUAUGGGGGAUGUCCCCAGGUAAUCCUGCCGCAGGAAACAGCAAUUCUGGGUUCAGUCAGGGGAAUGGAGACACUGUGAACUCAGCAUUAAGUGCUAAACAAAACGGAUCCAGCAGCGCUGUGCAGAAGGAAGGGAACGGAGCGAACGCGUGGGACUCGGGGCCCCCCUCCGGCCCCGGGGUCCUGGCGUGGGGCAGGGGCGGGGGCGGGGUUGGCAGCGUGCACUCUGGGGCCUGGGGCCACCCCAGCCGCAGCGCCAGCAACGGUGUCAACGGGGAGUGGGGCAAGCCCCCAAACCAGCAUUCCAAUAGCGACAUCAAUGGGAAAGGAUCAACAGGGUGGGAGAGCUCGAGCGUUACCAGUCCAAAUCCUGCCAUGCAGCAGGGCAAUGAACAAAUGAACUCUUGGGCCAAAGCUGCAGCAUCUGGCACCACGGCUAGUGAAGGAAGCAAUGACAGCGGUGGGAGUCAAAAUGAAGGCAGUACUGGGAGGGAGGGGGCUGGAGAGGGCAGGAGGAGAGACAAAGGGAUGAUUGACCAAGGGCAAGUUCAGUUGCCAAGAAAUGACCUUGACCCCAGGGUCCUGUCCAAUACGGGGUGGGGACAGACCCCUGUGAAGCAAAACACUGCCUGGGAAUUUGAAGAGUCCCCAAGGUCUGAACGGAAGAAUGACAAUGGAACUGAGGCCUGGGGUUGUGCAGCUACUCAAUCUUCAAACUCAGGGGGGAAGAACGAUGGGUCCAUCAUGAACAGUACAAAUACCUCUUCAGUAUCUGGGUGGGUCAACUCUCCACCGGCAGCUGUUCCAACAAAUACAGGUUGGGGAGACAAUAACAACAAAGCACCAAAUGGCCCAGGGGGGUGGGGAGAGUCAGCAAGCUCUACUACUGUUAAUAAUGCUGCUGCUGCCAAAAGCGGCCACGCUUGGAGUGGGACCGCAAAUCAGGAGGACAAAUCACCUACCUGGGGUGAACCUCAGAAACCCAAAUCUCAAAACUGGGGAGAUGGACAGAAAUCAAAUCCGAGCUGGACUUCGGGAGGUGGAGACUGGACAGAUUCAUCAUCUGUUCCUGGACACUUGGGUGAUGGGAAGAAGAAUGGAUCUGGAUGGGAUUCUGAUAGUAGAUCGGGGUCUGGCUGGAAUGAUUCCACAAAGUCUGGGACCAGUGGGUGGGGGAACGGCACAAACAGCAAGGCUAAUACAGGUACAAGUUGGGGGGAAUCUUUAAAGCCAGGCCCCCAACAAAAUUGGGCUAAUAAACCCCAGGACAACAAUGUGAGUAACUGGGGAGGAGCUGCUUCUGUAAAACAGACGGGGUCAGGGUGGGUUGGUGGGCCAGUGCCAGCCAAACAAAAAGAGAACUGUGAGGCAACUGGCUGGGAAGAGCCAUCUCCACCGUCCAUUCGCCGCAAGAUGGAAAUCGAUGAUGGUACCUCAGCUUGGGGCGACCCAAAUUACAACAACAACAAGACUGUAAACAUGUGGGAUAGAAAUAAUCCUAUAAUUCAGAGCAGUACCACAACCAACACCACCACCACUAGCACCAUUAUCAACACCAACAUGGUUGAACCUCAGCCAUCGCACCAGUCAAGUGCCCAGCCAAACCGGUCCCCGCUGCUUGGCCCAGCAGGCUGGGGAGAGAUGCCUGCUGUCCACACCAAGAGCGAAGCUUCCUGGGGAGAGCCCUCCUCCCCUUCUGCUGCAGUUGAUAAUGGCACUUCAGCCUGGGGGAAGCCCCCCAGCAGUGGGACCGGGUGGGGAGAGAAUCCUGCCGAGCCAGCAGGGACCUAUGGAAGAACAAACGCUCCAGCUGCUGCCCCAGCACUGUGCAAACCAGCUUCAAAAUCUAUGCAAGAAGGCUGGGGCAGUGGUGGGGAUGAAGUGAAUCUCAGUACUAGUCAGUGGGAAGAUGAAGAAGGAGAUAUGUGGAAUAAUACUGCUUCACAAGAGAGCAGCUCCUCCUGUAAUUCCUGGGGGAAUGCCCCGAAGAAAGGACUUCAAAAGCCCAAAACAAAUCCGCGCUUGUCCCUUGGUACUUUCUGGAGAACUGAAAGGAAGAGACUUCUUAAGGAUUUUGUGAUAGAAAAGCUGCACAGAGAUCUUUUAAAGGGCAUGAAGACAUCUAGCAAGCAGGAUGAGGCCUGGAUCAUGAACCGUCUGAUAAAACAGCUCACAGACAUGGGCUUCCCUAGAGAGCCAGCGGAAGAGGCCUUGAAGAGCAACAGUAUGAAUCUUGAUCAGGCCAUGAGUGCUCUGCUGGAAAAGAAGGUGGAAAUGGACAAGCGUGGAAUGGGAGUGACCGACUAUAAUGGGAUGGUCACCAAACCCCUUGGCUGCCGCCCACCACCAAUCUCCAAAGAGUCUUCCAUGGACCGCCCCACCUUCCUUGACAAGCUCACCCUUUCUUUCUCCAAUCAGGAUGGCGGCCUAGUGGAAGAGCCCACUACUUCACCAUUUUUGCCUUCACCAAGCCUGAAGCUCCCCCUUUCAAACAGUGCACUCCCUAAUCAGACCCUGGGCGGGAUUGCCUCAGGGCUGGGCAUGCAAAACUUGAAUUCUUCUAGACAGAUACCGAGUGGCAAUCUGGGUAUGUUUGGCAAUAGCGGAGCAGCACAAGCCAGGACCAUGCAACAGCCGCAGCAACCGCCAGUGCAACCUCUUAAUUCAUCCCAGCCUAGUCUUCGUGCUCAAGUGCCUCAGUUUCUAUCCCCUCAGGUUCAAGCACAGCUUUUGCAGUUUGCAGCAAAAAACAUUGGUCUCAGCCCUGCACAGUUAACCUCGCCAAUUAAUAAUCCUCAGCAUAUGACGAUGUUGAACCAGCUCUAUCAGCUGCAGCUGGCGUACCAACGUUUACAAAUCCAGCAGCAGAUGUUACAGGCUCAGCGUAACGUUUCCGGACCCAUGAGACAACAGGAGCAGCAAGUUGCACGUACAAUCAAUAACAUGCAGCAGCAGAUCCAGCAGCACCAGCGCCAGCUGGCCCAGGCCCUGCUUAUGAAGCAGCAGCCUCCCCCUCCACAUCUAUCUUUGCACCCCUCUGCAGGCAAAUCAGCCAUGGAUAGCUUUUCACCCCAUCCCCAGGCUCCCGGCCUUCCUGACCUGCAGACCAAAGAGCAACAGUCUUCACCGAACACCUUUGCUCCUUACCCUCUUGCUGGACUGAACCCGAACAUGAAUGUAAAUAACAUGGACAUUACUGGUGGUUUGUCAGUGAAGGACACUUCUCAGUCCCAGUCUCGCCUUCCUCAGUGGACACACCCCAACUCAAUGGAUAAUCUGUCUAGUGCUGCUUCUUCUCUUGACCAGAACUCCAGCAAGCACGGUGCUAUCCCUGGAGGUUUGAGCAUUGGUCCUCCAGGCAAGUCCUCCCUCGAUGACUCCUACGGCCGCUAUGAUCUGAUCCAGAACAGUGAGUCUCCUGCCAGCCCACCUGUAGCUGUUCCUCACAGCUGGUCACGUGCCAAAUCUGAUAGUGAUAAGAUUUCCAAUGGCUCCAGCAUCAACUGGCCACCAGAGUUUCACCCAGGAGUGCCAUGGAAAGGACUGCAGAAUAUUGAUCCUGAAAAUGACCCUGAUGUUACUCCUGGCAGUGUUCCUACUGGGCCUACCAUAAACACCACCAUCCAGGAUGUGAAUCGCUAUCUGCUCAAGAGUGGAGGUAAACUGUCAGACAUCAAGUCCACGUGGUCCUCUGGCCCAAUCUCUCACACCCAAGCCUCUCUGUCCCACGAACUCUGGAAGGUUCCCAGAAACACUACAGCUCCAACAAGACCUCCUCCAGGCUUAACCAACACCAAGCCAUCCUCCACGUGGGGUGCCAGUCCCCUGGGCUGGACCAGCUCUUCUUACUCCUCUGGUUCUGCAUGGAGUACUGACAGCUCAGGGAGAACAAGCAGCUGGCUGGUUCUUCGGAACCUCACCCCCCAGAUCGAUGGCUCCACACUGCGGACACUGUGUUUGCAGCACGGCCCUCUCAUCACAUUCCACUUGAACCUGACCCAAGGGAAUGCUGUGGUCCGAUACAGUUCCAAGGAGGAAGCAGCCAAGGCCCAGAAGUCUCUGCACAUGUGUGUGCUGGGCAACACGACGAUCCUGGCGGAGUUUGCCGGCGAGGAGGAAGUGAACCGGUUCCUGGCGCAGGGGCAGGCGCUGCCGCCCACCUCCAGCUGGCAGUCCAACACUGGAUCCACCCCCAGCCGCCUGGGCUCCUCGGGCAGCUCCCACGGGCUGGUGCGCCCCGACGCCGGCCACUGGAACCCCCCGUGCCUGGGGGGCAAGGGCAGCAGCGACCUGCUCUGGGGGGGGGUGCCCCAGUACUCCAGCAGCCUUUGGGGACCCCCCAGCGCCGACGACGGCAGAGUCAUCGGGAGCCCCACGCCCCUCAACACCCUCCUGCCGGGGGAUCUGCUCAGCGGGGAGUCCAUCUAGGAGACGAGCAAACAGAAUGGAAAUAACAAUCAUCAGCACUAAAGGAAAACAAAAAAUUAAAAAAAAAAAAAAAUUAAAAAAAAAAAAAGAAAAAAAAUGGUAACCCUUUCCAGUCCCGGGCUUGAUGAAGAAUCCAGCUUUAACCCAUGAGACUGGCAGCCCUCCUUAGUACCUCUGUCCAAUAUCGAAUCUGAAACUGCAGAAGUCCUUGUGAACUGUUCCUGAAACAGUAUGGGCUCCUUUGGUCAGUGUCACAUGCUAAUGACAGGUUUUACUUUUUUCAUGGCUUUUUUUUUUUGUUUGUUCUAUGUCGUCUUUUUAUGUUUGUAUGGUGAUUUUUCAAAACCAAGUAUAAAAGCUGCUUAGAAUAGGUCUAUCAUGAAGGGCACUUUUCAGAAUUUGGGCUGGAAAGGGUUAUUUUAUCAACUGGGGAGGGUGGGAAGGGGAAAUGAAAGCCUAUUUAAAUGAGCCUGUGACUAUUAUGCACAUUACAGAGGCGGACCCAAUAAUCAGAAAGGGUGAAGUGUGAUAUUUUACCAUUGGUACAGAAAAGUGACGAAUCCCAGUGGCAACUCUGGACUGUACAGGUUGAGAGGGGGGGAGGGAGGGCAGGGUUGGGGUAUCUCUGUGUCCACUACUCCCAUGGAUCUGCCUAUGCACAUUACCCUUGUUUCAUUACUUUUUCAUGUCAUUUUUUUUAAUCCCAAAAAAUAUAAAAAAGUAAAAAAAAAAAAAAAAAGAAUAAAAAAAAUCAACAAAGAAACAAAAAAAAAACUUUAAAAAAAAGCAACAAACCAUAUCAACAUGCAAAUACUUGAAUCCAGCAGGCCAAUAACAAAAUGUGAACACUUUCUAAGUUGAAUUAUUACACUUCCAGGUCAGCAUCAGUACACAAAAAACAGGCUCUAAGAAUUUUUUUUUUAAAGUUCAGACUCUAUGUUUUUGUUGGGACAGAUGUGAGUGUGUGUGUGUGUGUGUGUGUGUGCCUGUGUGUGUGUGUGCCCACGUGUGGUUUAACUCAACGUGUGAAGUUUUAUCCUUUGGUUCAGUAUAUGCUUUUUAUUUGCUCAUUGGUCAAAUGUUUAAUUGUUAUUAGCUUCUAACUUUGCACUGAGUGUCCGCAGCCCUUCUUGUAGCUAAUCCUGUAAUGGUUAAAAUACAGAAAAAAACAAAAAAACAAAAAAAAAACAAAAAAAAAAAACAAAAAAAAAAACAAGGAAAGAAACUGAUAGAAGGGGCCGGCGACAAUUCACGUGUAAAUGUUUACUCAAGGACUCUUAUUGCAUUUAAAAAAUUACAGUGUGUAUCUCUGGAGAAUAAUAUGUAUAUCUACCUUUAGCAGCUUUUUAUUGUGGACUAAUGCAAGAAAUUAUUACCGGAGUAUUGCACCAUUUUUCCAUUCGGAAUAUAAAGUUUAAAAAAAAAAAAAUACUCUUGUUGAACUGUGGCCAUAGAUAAUUGUAAAGAGUUGAUAGUUCCCUUGCAAGCAGGAACAGAAACAAGCACUUGGACAUAAGUUUUGACUGCUUUUGGAGGAGCCAGGAGUUUUGGCUCCCACCUGUUUACAGACCUUUUUUUCUCCUUCAAACUUUAAAAUAAAAAAAGGAAUUUAAAAAAAAAAAAAAAAAAAAAAAAAAAAAAGAGAAAAAACAAAAAAAAAAAAAAAAAAAAAAAAAAAGACUUCCAUCGUAAAGAAAACUAUUUUCAGAAUGAAGAUAUGCUACUUCAGAGCUCUGGGAUUGAACAGUGUUGUUGUAUUAUCCUUUUCUUUGGCCAUUGCUGUGUACUAUUUUUGUUGUUGUUUUCCUCCUCUUCGUCAAAGUGGCGAAAACUUUGUGAUCACUAUCUUGCACAUGGUGGAAGAUGUCUCAGGAAAGCCGGGUUUCCCGAGGAGCAACUCCACACCAUUUCAUGUAUUUUUAAAACCCAACUCCUAGCACUGAAGAUAUUAUUAAAAAACAAAAUAAAAUUAAAAAAAAAGACAGUAAGAAAGAAGAAAAUACCUAAUCUAAUGUGUAGCAGUUACAUAUUUACCAAAUAAUGGACUCAAAAGAAAUAGAUGUUUGAAGAGUGCUUUAUAUAUUAAAAAAUCGCUUUAUGUUUAAAAAAAGAUCAAUGUUUUUGAUUGUUUUGAAAGGAAGAAAGACAAUGGAAUAACAUACACUUCAAGUAUGUUUUAAAAAUUAUAUGAACAUUGUGCUCCCUGCCUGCUUGGAUCAGGAAACUUGUGCAUUACAUUAUUUUUUUUUUUUUUUGGAAGAUUAGCUUUUUAAUGGUUUUAUCAGAUUUAAAGGGUCCUGCAAGAUUGCAAAUUAACAAAAGCUGGUUUUAUAGAGGAUCAUGAACUAUGCACAAACUGGGUUCAAGACUUGUUUUGUUUUUUUUUUUUUCCUCAAGUUUUAGUAGUGUAUUUAGCUGAAUAACCUUUCCUCAGAGUAAUUGCAUCUCAUUGCCAUUACACGCCUCCUACAUAUAUAUUUUAUAUAUAUAUACACACACACACUUAUAUAAAAUAUGUAUGUGUGUAUGUGCGUGUUUACAUACAAUUUUCCAUGCUGAAGUUUAGCAUUGAGUUGUAGAAAAACUCCUGAUAUUUUCAAAUUGGGAAUGAAAAUUUCUGUUGGAGGGGUUGGGGGGGGGGGGACAGGUGGGUUUUGUUUUUAGGGGCUUUUUUUUUUUUUUUUUUUUUUUUUUGCCUUUCCUUUUGAAUUAAAGAUGUCUGUAACUCUGAGAUUAAAAAGAAAACCAACAAUUGUGGCUUUUAAUGUUUAUUCUCCUCAUAGAAUGUGAUUGUUAAAAGAACAUGCACCGAAAGUUGCUUUCAAGAGUACGAAGAUUCUUUGAAACUUAAAUAAAUUGCAGUUUUUUCUUGGCUGUUGAAAUAA